GCGUCAGUUGACGCAAACGCACCAACUUCGGAGCGCAGCCGUUGUUUACGCGAACGUUACGUUAGUUAUGUUUUGAAGUUCGUGUGUGCGUUCGAUGUUCAAAACUUUAUUAAAAACUUUUUAUCAAUGGAUCGGACUAGUUUUUUCGAGUGUAACGCCGAAAAUCGAUUUAAUUCAGUUGGUUUGUGUCACAAAAGUGUGUUAUAAAAUUGGCGGAACGAAACAGUGAAAGUGUGGUUAUGUUGACAGUUAAUUUAUUGCUUUCGGAGACAGUGUUUCCUAUUGAACGAUGAUUUGAAUAAGCCCGCAUUCAACGCAGCGACACCGCUACGAGUGAACGUCGGAGACUCACGUAACUAUCGUUCGAGUGAAUAGAGUGCGCGCAGUCGAGUGACGUGCAAUGCCCAGGGCCCGCGCCCCCCUACCCCUCGCAGGGCUAUGGAGACCCUCCUCGACAAGUUCAAGAGGGAGCAAGGAGGGCUGCGACGCUCCCGGUCGGUCCGCGCCUCGCUGCGACUGAUCGGCAACCGCUGGCGGACCACCAAGGACGAGGAACCUGCGGACGACAUUGACAAGAUAAAGCGAAACACCGUUGUCUUCGCCACACAGAUCUGGAGUGACAAGGAGUACGACGCGUACAAAGGCCUCGACGGCACCUACAAGGCCACCACGCCAGCCAUGGCCAGGAAAAAGCCGGAGGUGAAGCAGCGGAGGAAGAGCGGCGACAUCGAUCUGAAUCUGAAGCCGCAGCGUCCGAAAAAAGUGGAAAAGUCAAAGUUCAGUGAUUUGUUUACUAAUAAGAAGCAGAAAUCUAAGGAGUUUUUGGUGCCGGAGAAGAUUCCGCCGAAAGCAGCCGCGCUUUUGCAUAUUCAUAGUCCGGAUAAGGGGAAGAAGAAGUUGAAGGGGAUCGGGAAGUCGGAGUCGGCGAAAUCUGUGACUGAUGUCGUGGGGCAUAGACGGAUUAGGAGGGGUUCGGAGGGGGACACGUGCCCCCACCAGCCGAGGGGGUGCGUGAACCCGGCCUUCGUGUACAGCACGCCGCCCAAGGAAAGGAAGUUGCCAAUGUCCCCGUCAGCAUACCUCAAACUCCAGUACGGCGCGUUGCUGGAGGGGUGUGGGGGGGAGCUGCCGUCUCUAAGCGCGUGCGCUCCCCUCCCCCCGACCCUCGACAAGGCGACCCGUCGUCAGCAGAAGGACGCGCGCGCGCAUCAAGACAAAAUCGCACAAGUUAACAUACACCUGCAUGCCCUCUUCGCGGCAGUGGAACAUGGCUACCUGGACAAAGCGCGGAACAUCUUGGAGUCCACGGACGUGGAUGUCAACAGCCUCAAUUCCGACGGCCUCUCUCCCCUGGACGUGGCCGUGCUGUCCACCAACCGGCAGCUGGCAAAGAUGCUUAUGGAAUUUGGAGCGAAGGAGGGCACACAAUUCAAAAGUUCGGAAGCGCUCGGCGCUCAUCUCCGAAGGUUGGUGCGAGAUGCAGAAGCGCGCCUUCACGAGGUCGUGGGCUGUGCGCCGGAGAGGACGUGCCGGGACGAGGCUUGCACAAGAUCAUCAGCGGGUGGCCAAGCCGGCACGACUGGCUGCGCGGGCGGCGCCGGCUCGGAGAAAGACAAGCAAGCCCAGCACUGGGAGAGGAGGGUGCGGACGCUCAAACGCCUUGUGCUCGGCUGGCAACAGUCGCGCGCGCCGGCCGCGCCGCCGCCGCCCGACCUGGAGGUGUGCGGCGCGCACGCCGUCACCGCGCGGCUGAAGGACGCGCGCGCGCCGCACGUCGCGCAGCGGGACCCGCCCAUCACCACCAAGUAUAGAGUCACCGCGCGGCUGAGGGACGCGCGCGCGCCGCACGUCGCGCAGCGGGACCCGCCCAUCACCACCAAGUAUAGAGUGGAAUGGUCGUCCCGCGAGGACUUCUCCAACGUGUGCGGCAGUCAAGAGGUAGCGGCCAUCGUGUCUAGCGGCGGGACCAGGGUCCUGGCGGCCGGCCUGACCCGCGGCCGCCGGUACUUCUUCAGGGCGGCCGCUGGGAACCUCAAGGGGUGGGGGCCUUUCACGGUCUCGGUGCCGAGGAGCGUUGUUCCUAGCAGCUGGCGAGACGUAUCAUCCAGGGCAACCCGCGGCGAUUCCGGCGGGGCGGCGGCGGCUCUCGAAGCGCUCGCCUCCGCCGCCGCCGGUGCUAGACACCGGCCGCCGGCGCAGCCGCCGCGCCUGCCGAGGAAGAAGACAGCGACUAUACGACAACUGUUCACUGCUGCUAGCAAAUUCCAGAAGAACCUUAGAAGAGGCGUAUACCUGGCGUGUAUCCUGUACCACGAAGACAAGGUGCUGGUCACCAGCGAGGAGUUCCUGCCGGUCAUAGAGGUCGACGAGACCUACCCCACCUGCAUCUACACCGACUUCCACUGGCUUAUGAAGGUGUCAUGCUCAUGGGACGAAGUCAAAUCGCUGCGGUCCGACAUGGAGAAGCACACCUCCUCGUCCAUCCACUUCAGGUUGAAACUACUGACGGCCGCUGCUCAAAUGCAAUCUGCUCUGUGUAUACAGGAUUUAGGUCAACUCUACCAUAAGCCGCUGCGAGACUCCCACGGCACGGUGGUUCUCUCAUGUGUGAACAGCGUGAAAUCCGUCAAGUCAGUCUCCGCACUCAACUCCCGAUGGGCGCCCGUAUCCAGGUUGCGUCGUCGCGUGCUUAGUGAAGACAACACUAUUGGCGAGCUGCUCAUGGCUUCUGUGCACGAUCAGAUUGCGUAUCACCAGGUGUCUCGAGUGCAGCUGCCGCGCGGUCUGUACCUGGGCUACCUGAAGCUACAAUCAUCAGUGGAGGUGGUCCGCAUCGUGGCCCCCGCGCGCACACCCAAUGUCCCACCGCACACGCGAGUGCGCGAUAACCCGCACGUGUCAGCUGAAGAAUGGGAUCACCUUCGAACGCAAUCUGGAAAGGCGUCCUCAGAAGAAGUACAAGCCAUGAACAGCCUCGUGCCGAUCGGCAGCCAGGAGAAACCCUCAGAAUCUCAAGAAAUGUUCCUGGACCACAUCGCGUGCGCCGCGCGCCGCCUCUUCAAGGAGAUGGAGAUCCCGAUGGAAAGCGUCGACGCCCACCGAAUAUAUGACCUCGAGGUCAUCGAACUCAACAAUGACGUCAGCUUCAUCAUGAUCUGCCCUCCCGCGGAACAGGCCUGCUCCGUCCCCGGACAAAAAGAAAUACUCCUCCAAAAAGGAGACCUCCUCAGCCUCCCUAUCCAAGCGUUCGAAAUGAUCCACCUACAAACCUAUCACAGCAACAUCCUAAGCAAGUACUCUAAACUCAGCUGCGUGUUGGAACUGGACGUAGCUCUCGCCACGCACUCUCACAGGGAAGCUUUCUCAUGCACAGAACUUCAGACUGCUAAAGAACGAUUAACAAAAUUAGAAGACUUGCAGAACAGCUUGAAUACCGUAUGGAAGGCGGAGCGGUGGCUCAUGGAUCUCAUAGGCUUCGCGAGAGACAAAGACAAAACUUCUCCGAGCUCAGGUAUACUGCUCAAACAUAUCUUAGACAAAACUCCUUCUCAGAUCUGUUCCGACGGCCCGGAGUUAGAAGUGACCGACAAAGAUGCAAAUUUGAAAGUAGAUUUUCUUCAGAUACCGAAUACUGCAAGAGAUGGCAAGAUUACCAAAACCUCACCAGGUCGAGGUUCUUGGCCAGGUCCUGCUGGAAACGGAAACCAUGCCAACUUACAUCCAGAGUUUAGUAAAUCUGAGCAGCAAUUGAGUUUAGCUCCCCGUCAGACAUCUGUGUCAACGCUCAAUUUGAGCAGUUCGCAAUACCUGAGCGCCGAGAAUAAAUACUCGAGGAAGGGUAGUGCCGAUUCCCAGUUCACACAAUCGAGUGCUAUGAGCAACAAUUACAUGAGCAGUAACUCUCAGUUUGAAAUAAAGUCGCCCGGAUCUCACACGAGUGCUGGAAGCAACCGUCUCCCCCCGUCCCGAAGCGAAGACACACUUGUUCUUCAGAAUGAGAACGUGGAACAGAAACCUCGUCCGCAUAGCAUCAAUGCAACAAGCGUAUCGAAUACGUCUAGUCCAUUGCUGACCGUGAAAGGGUUUUAUCCUGGAAGCAUGAUCAGCGUGCGAACGUCCAAGGGGAAUGUGUCUGAAUCCGCCCAAAGUCUGUCGAGUGACUCGGAGAGCCAGAGCUGUCCAAUCACCUCAACGUCAGUUCCUUUGAAACUCCGUCCGCAGGGGAAGCACUUCAGAGCUACCAACACCGUGAUCACUUCCAAGAGCAUGACUAACGUGAAGUCGGCUGAUGUUGACUACACAGACACGGGGCAGGAUCUGUUCCCGAAGGCGAGCAUGUGUGUGAAGAGACAGCCUCUGCUGGAGACUCAGGAAGACGCAGAGUAUAACAAUAAGAUUCCAAAGACUGAUGAAAGAAGUGAUAGUGAGGAACGCGAUUCGAAGGCGGCAGAUCAGCGGCCUCCGGACCAGCCGGGAAUAUUACAGGUAUUUGCCGCAUACGAAACGGGUCUUGCUGCUGGCACAUCGCUCAAACUACACGUCACGCCGCGCACCUCAGCCCGCGAGGUCAUCGACCUCGUCGUCAAGCAACUCAACAUGGCUGCCGUCCUCAAAGGAAAGUCCGGUCCUGUUUACGGUCCAGAGAAGUUGCAGGAUUUCUGCUUGGUGGCCGUCAUAGGAGCGCGGGAAAGGUGUCUGCGAGACGACUUUAGGCCAUUACAGCUCCAAAACCCAUGGAGAAAAGGAAGAUUGUACGUAAGACUCAAACACGACGUGCUAGCCGCGUUACAGCAUUCCGCUAAGCAACCGGCGUACAUUUGAUCUGGGUAGGUUUGUAAACUCAAGUUAGGAUCUGUUUUGAAAUAGGGUAUUGUAGUUUGGCAAAGAAAAGGACUAGAGAUAAGAGUCGAAUGGAUUGAGUACGAACUUAUUGUGACAGCGACUUGAGCUAGUGUUUCAUCCCGAUUCUCCCAAACUAUAGUUGUUUCUUCCAUGAGACUAAAACCCACUGAUGCAUGUGAUUACAGUUUGAAGCAUAGCUAUAAUGUCUGUGUGUAAUAUUUGAAGUCAAUAGAAACCAAAUGAGCACCUACUUUAAAGACUUUCGAUUUUGAUCGACAGCUUAGCUCAGUUCAAUAAAAAUAUGAAUCUUAAACCUACAAACACGAUGAAUCAAUAACUGUCAG